AUGAACCUGGGACCUCCUGAUAUAUCGCUAACUUUCAGCGAAUUGUCAUUAAAGGAAAAGGAUGAAUCCCGAAGAAAACACAGUCAAGAGAAAUCGAGACCAAACUUGAACACUCAUGAGAGAUCUAAUGAUAAAUCUAAAGAUAAACAUAAAUAUAAACUAAAGCAACAGUAUCCAAUUGUCAAGUCGAAAAACAAUAAUAUAGAAAAUAGAACAGCUAAGCCAGAUGAACUGAAAGCAAAUACAAAGCAUACCAUUAAGCUGUCCCUGCUUGAGAGAGAUGAAAACAAGACAUCGAUUUGUCCAACUGAUACUAGGAAAUCAACGUCUACUCUAAAAAGUGGUAAAUUUUCUUCUUUGAACAAUAAUAAAUCAUUCGGAAAACAAUUUGAAACCAAUAGAGUCGUAACAACCUUUAAAAGUAAUAUAUACGCAUCACUAGGCAGUCAUAAGAAAGUAGCUUCUCCAAGAGCAGAAAAAAUAACCCCCCCUACCAAUGCGAAUUCAUCUAGAGAGAACUUCAAAGUUCAUGAUAGAUGGACCAACUACUCGAAGACUAAGAAUUCAAGCUUAGUAGUAGCAAAUAGUAGGAAUAAGAAAUCAGAGGUUUUUGGUGCUAAGCGAGCUUAUGACGAUGAAAGUGCAAGUAAUUCGCUAUUGGCUAAUCUUGCCAACAAAGGUGAACAUGAUUUUGAAGAGGAGGAGGUGAAACCCGAAGAUUGCAUAGUGGAUGGCUUGAAUGUACCAUUAUUACCUCAUCAAGUAUCCGGUUUAAGAUUCUUGAAGAGACGUGAGGCAAUCAAGGGAAGUUCUCAAGGUGGAUUGUUGUGUGAUGAUAUGGGCUUGGGUAAAACGAUUCAAACUAUUACAUUAAUAUUAGAGAAUAAGGGCAAAAGUGGACAUAAGACCAAUCUAAUAGUAUGUCCCGUAUCUCUAACUAAUCAGUGGAAAUCUGAAAUAGAAUCCAAAGCCUCUGGACUAAGUGUCAUUAUAUUUCAUGGCCCUGACAGGCCAAAGAAAUACGAAGAAUUAGCUGAGUAUGAUGUAGUGAUAACAACGUAUGCAACGGUAAGUUCAGAAUUUCAUAAGAGUGGAUCACCAUCAGCUUUGUAUUCUUCGGAAUUUAGGUGGUGGAGAAUUGUAUUGGAUGAAGCUCACCAAAUAAAGAAUAAAAACUCCAAGCAAGCAAUAGCGGUUUUCAAUCUAGAUGCAGACCAUCGUUGGUGCUUGACAGGUACACCACUACAGAAUAAUCUCGGUGAAUUGCAAUCAUUAUUUAAAUUUAUUCGAGUCAGUAAAUACGCAGACGAUAAGGUAUGGUUGGAUACAAUUCAACGUUCUCUUCAGGAAAGAGAUAUGUAUACUGCAUUAUUUGAAUUAAGAGAUGAGUUGAGUAACUUAAUGUUACGAAGAACGAAAGCCAUUUUGAGCAGUAGUCAUAAUACCUUUAAAUUACCACCAAAGAACGUUCAUAAAAUUACGGUUGAAUUUUCAGAAUUUGAGAGAUCAAUAUAUAAUAAUGUGAAACAUAUUAUUUUAUCAAACUUGAACAACAGACCUGCAAGCGACAAAAACACGGAAGUUGUUAGGGAUAAUGCUCCGACGCUUAAAUUGAAGAAACAAAUAGCUCAAGCAAAAACCGGGAAUGUCAAUUAUAUGAGUGCUUUGGUAUAUUUAUUGCGAUUAAGACAAUUGUGUUGUAGCUGGAAUUUGCUAUUUGAAGAUACAGAAGAUAGCUUAGAUUUUGAGGGAAAAUUGACAGCAUCCAAUGAUAAAGAUACAUCUCUAAACAACUUAAUAGAUUCAAUGGGCGGCUUGUCUGUGGACUCAAAAAAUUGUGAAAUUUGUAUGAAACGACUCGAUGCAAAUAAUCAAUCUACUGAUGAUACGAGAUUUUGUAAAACUUGCGGUGAGAGUGUUAAAGUUCCGAAACAUCACGAAGAUGAUUAUUAUGUGUCCUCAAAAAUAAAACAAGUAUUGGAGAUAUUAUCGACUAACCGUGAUAGAAAAACUAUCAUAUUUUCUCAAUUCCCAUCUCUAUUUAAAAUAUUAGGAGAUAAGCUUAGAUCGAAAGGUUUUAAAAUAUUGACUUAUGAUGGAUCUAUGGAUAUAAAAACAAGGAAUUUCGCUUUGAAUUCUUUGAAAAAUGAUCCAGAUAUGAAUGUUUUACUUUGUUCUUUAAAGUGUGGAUCAGUUGGGUUGAAUCUUACGUGUGCAUCACAGGUAAUUCUAUUUGAUCCUUGGUGGAAUCCUCAAAUUCAAGAACAGGCAAUAGACAGAGUGUAUCGAAUUGGUCAAACCAAGCCGGUUGACAUUUAUGAGCUUACUGUUAAAAAUACAGUAGAAGAUAACAUUUUGAAGUUACAGAAAACAAAGAGGCAGUUAGCUAACGCCGUAACGUCAAAUAGUUCAAAAAUUUCUGCAAAUAGUAUUAGUAACAACUUAACAAAAAAAGAACUUUUACAGUUGUUUGGUAUCGAAGAACCCAAUAAUUUACCAUAA